AUGGCCCCUUCUAACGCGGAGAGCGCCUCGCCAAUUGGCAUUGCCAACCUGCCCAACCAGCGCCACAAGAUCGUUGCGAAGAGGGGCGCCGCUUUCACCAUCAUGGUUGCUGGCGAGUCCGGGUUGGGAAAGACAACAUUCAUUAACACGCUCUUCUCCACCACCAUCAAGAACUAUGCCGACCACAAGCGCCGCCACCAGAAGCAAGUGGACAAGACCGUCGAGAUUGAGAUCACCAAGGCCGAGUUGGAGGAGAAGUUCUUCAAGGUCCGCCUCACCGUUAUUGACACCCCUGGCUUCGGCGACUAUGUCAACAACAGAGACUCGUGGAUGCCCAUUAUCGAGUUCCUCGACGACCAGCACGAGUCCUACAUGCUUCAGGAGCAGCAACCCCGUCGUCAGGACAAGAUCGAUCUCCGUGUACACGCCUGCUUGUAUUUCAUCCGCCCCACCGGCCACACUCUUAAGCCUCUCGAUAUCGAGGUCAUGAAGCGCCUGUGCUCCCGCGUCAACCUUAUCCCAGUUAUUGCCAAGGCUGACACCCUCAGUCCGGCCGACUUGGCCAAGUUCAAGUCAAGAAUCCGCGCUGUCAUCGAGGCCCAAAACAUCAAGAUCUACCAGCCCCCUAUUGAGGAGGACGACGAACCAGCUGCCCAGCACGCCCGCACUCUUAUGGCGGCUAUGCCUUUCGCUGUUAUCGGCUCUGAGAAGGACGUCAAGACUAAUGACGGGCGUAUUGUCAAGGGCCGGCAAUAUUCGUGGGGCGUUGCCGAGGUUGAGAAUGAGGACCACUGCGACUUCAAGAAGCUUCGGUCGAUCCUGAUCCGCACCCACAUGUUGGACCUCAUCCACACGACCGAGGAGUUGCACUACGAGGCGUACCGCGCCCAGCAGAUGGAGACGCGCAAGUUUGGCGAGGCCCGCCCCCGGAAGUUGGACAACCCCAAGUUCAAGGAGGAGGAGGAGGCGCUCCGCAAGCGCUUCACCGAGCAGGUCAAGAUCGAGGAGCAGCGCUUCAGGCAAUGGGAGCAGAAACUCAUUGCCGAGCGCGACCGCCUCAACAAGGACCUCGAGCAGACUCAUGCCCAGAUCAAACAGUUGGAGGGCGAUCUGGAGCAGCUGCAAGGCAGCGCUGUCCGCAGCCACGGGCGCCGCUAA